CGAGGGUUACUGUAAAAUGAAACUGUUUUUGUGUGUUGUUGUCGAGCGUGAAGUGUCCAAUUAGACAACUGAAUUUGUUUAGAUGUGAACGCCAGAGUCGAGAUAGGUCACACAGCAGCUACGACAAAGUUGAGCGAAUCGAUUUCAAAACAAAAGCAACCAACGAAACAAAAUUUUAAGUCGCUAGAAAAACUAAAAAUCAAGAUUUUCGAGAGGAGGUGCUAUACCAAAUACAUAUAUAUAUAUAGUCUUUAAACGAGUGCGUGUGAAAACAUAAACCCAAACAACAGACAAGGAGACUAGCGGGGCCAAAGGAAGCAUAAGGAGUCUACACGCAAAGGAAUAGUUAAAGCCAGCCCACAACGCACAUAUUCAUAUAUUUUGGGACCACUUUUCCAAGGCAGCUGGGAAAAGGCGGUGAAAUUGCGACUAUCCGAGAGCCGAAGAGCUCAGCUGCAGGAAUAAGCUGACGAAACUGAAACCUUGAGACAGCGAUUCGCACGCACACCAGCGCAGGCCCGCAUCAACACAGACACACACACGCACAGCAGCAGGAAAUUCAGACAUCAUGAGUUCGCAAUACUCGAAUGUGGAGAACCUGUCGCCGCAGACGAUAAGGCAGGUGAUGAGGGAGCUGCAGGAGAUGGAAACCACGCCACCGGAAGGCAUCAAGGUGCUAAUCAAUGAGAGCGAUGUGACGGAUAUUCAGGCAUUGAUCGAUGGACCUGCUGGCACUCCGUACGCCGCUGGAAUUUUCCGCGUCAAACUGACGCUGAACAAGGACUUCCCGCUGACGCCACCCAAGGCGUACUUCCUCACCAAGAUCUUUCAUCCGAAUGUGGCCGCCAACGGGGAGAUCUGUGUGAACACACUAAAGAAGGACUGGAAGCCGGAUCUGGGCAUCAAGCACAUUCUGCUCACCAUCAAAUGCCUGCUUAUUGUCCCGAAUCCGGAAUCGGCGCUGAACGAGGAGGCCGGCAAGAUGCUGUUGGAACGAUACGAUGACUACUCACAGAGGGCGCGCAUGAUGACAGAGAUCCAUGCCCAGCCUGCCAAAUGCGGUGUAGGCGCUGUUGGCGAUGCCAAAGACGAUGGUGGACCCUCGACGAAGAAGCAUGCGGGCCUGGACAAGAAGCUGCAGGACAAGAAGAAGGAGAAGUUGCUCAAGGAGAAGAAACGCAUGCUGAAGAGAUUAUGAGAGGCAUAAGGCGGAGUUCCAUGGACUAGCUAAUCAACCAGGAGCAGUAAGUAGUAAGCAGUAGCAGAACACGUCGGAUACGUAUGAAUGGAUAGAUGUUAAAGAAUGGAUGAGUGCGAGCGUAAACCCUACAAACAGGUGAAAGGCGACAGGAUCAAAGCUAGCAAGGUCGAAUCAAAGGAGGAGGCGCGCUAUGAAAUUUUACACUGAUCUGAUAAAAAACAAAACAGACAAAAAAACAAGUAAAUUGAGCUACUGAAAUUACGAAGUAACCGAUGAAACCCGAACCCUGGAGGCCAAUAUCGGAACGGAACGGAAGUUAAAGCUGCAACAAUUUCGGUAAAACGAGAGAGAUAAAGAACCACUCCAAAGAACAGUGCAUCCAGUUACCAUAUACGAUUAUUUUAACCAACAUUUUUGGUGGCACGCCGCUUUCAACUGAGCCUAGAAUAUAGAAAACAAAAACCAACAUAAAGCAACCAAGAGAAAUGGGGAUUGCAACCAUCACCCAAUUAAUUUAUGUAGUUCUCUUUUCUUAACGCUCAUGGGCUAUCCUAGCAUAAUUUAUGUAAUUAGAUUAAACAAAACAAGGAUAACAUUAUCGCCUCAUACAUGCCACCUCUUAAACACCCAGAACUCUCUAGAAAGCAUCACCUUACACAUACCUUAAUGAGCACUAUAAUCGCUCAUUUGGGGUGAGUCCGCGUAUUGGACCCCCGUUCAUAAACAUAAACUUACCCCUUAGAUUUCUUUUUUUUUUUUGUGUGUUUUUAAAAUUGUAUUCGCUUAGUUCAUAAAUAAAUAAAAUUUCGAUUCGUUACAUUCAAUUGUCCUGCUUAGGCAUAAGAUACACAAAGGACACACACACCACCCAUGCAUCCAACCCACACAAAUCACGAAAAAUACAUAAAAUUAUUAAAGAAAUACUGUAAAAGAUUGAUUGCACAUUCUGUAGAGAUUUAGUUUUAAGUGCUUCCAAAUUGUCAAACCCUCGACGCGAAUCGGAUCGGAAUGGAAUGGCCUGGAGCGGAUUGGAAAGCAAUGGCACGGUGAUAAGUGCAUGGGAUAUCCGUAUCCUCGUCCUUUCGCUUGCUAUGUCGCCGGUAUUCUACACGCCCGCUGCUCUCUCGCUCUCUCUCCCUCCUUUCGUUCGAACAUCCUUUUGAAGCUCACACAACAAACACACACAAAACGAGGGCAAAGAGUAAAAAGCAAUAAAAAAGAAUAAAAUUCCAGAAAAUUACAAAAAAUUCAGAUACUUGUGCGUAGAGGGAGUUUGAAAAGGUGUUUUUGAAAUUGGUUUUAGGUAAGUAAUAUACAUAUGUAUGUAUGUAUGUAGUUUUAAAGUAAAAAACUACACUUUACAUGCAUUUCAUUAGAAUUCGAAUAUUCAAUACAGAUCAUUCAAUUUUUACCGUGCACAGUAGUUUAGUUUUCCAGAUCACGUCGCGCGUGCCAAUAACAAUAACAUUUCCUAGUUCCGCUUCGUUCCAUACAAUUCCACUCAACCUCCCCCCAUCCCUUACAGUUUAUUUAUUUAUUUUGCCCACUGUCCACCGGAAGAGUUUAUUUGUGUUUUGGGGAGUUUCUCGAUUCCCGCGAUUCUGCGAAAUAUCAUGAGACACUCGCAAAACUAACACCGAUAAACUAACAUUCUCAUUUGAGAGUAGGUGUGUGCGGCUCUGCCCCUCUCGCUCCCACCGCCUCUAGCUGGCUUUGUCUAACCGCCAACGCUUUCGAGACGGGCCAACAUUCCAAUCCGAUCGGAUCGGAUCGGGUCUAACCUUCAGUCAACUUGUCGCUCGAACCAAAUAUUGUCGCACAGCAGAGAGUCAGAAUCUCGCAGGGACGGCGAAUCAGAAAUACCCUUUAAUGAGUAGUUGGCUGCUCGCACGUGCAAGGAUCCAUAAAUUAAAAAAAUAUACUUCAGGGUUUGAAUAUACAUUUUUAGGAUAUUUUUGUGUUUAAGAAACGGACAAACAUUAAACAUUCAUAUACAUUUUUUAACUUUAAACAUUUAAUGGUUUUCUUUAAACCUUAAACAAAUUACAAGUAAAUUCCAAUAAACAAGUUACCAAUCUUAAAAACGAUUAGAUUCU